AUGAGUGCGUCCGAGAAGACGUUAUUUUGUGAGGUACUGAAAGGAGUAAAAUUUCCAGAUGGAUAUGCAUCAGAUAUAAGAAACAAUGUGGAUGUGAAGGAGAAGAAGCUUGUUGGGCUAAUGAGCCAUGAUAACCAUGUUUUGAUACAGUAUUUACUCCCACUUGCUGUGAGAAGGAUUUUACCAGAAAUAGUUAGUGCUGCACUUAUUCGUACAAGGACAUUAGCAGCUUCAACUAAUGGACCUACUUUGCGAUCAAGGACUGAAAGGGAUAUUGUUGAUGAAGAAUCUGAAAACCCCAUCAAUGAUGAAGAGCAACCUAUUGGGCAUCGAAAUAUAAAGAAAGGAAGGGGCCCAACCUUGAAGAAGAACAUAUAUUCAAGUAGUGGUGGGCCUAAAAUCUGCAUUACCCUUAAUGAAUAUGGACAACUAGUUGGUAGGAACAGCAAAGAGUUUGGUAAUUUCAUAGGAACUUUGGUGAGGAAAAAUAUCCCGGUUUCUUGUGAGGAUUGGAGACUAGUUGAUUCUAAAAAGAAGUUUGAGUUAUGGACAAAAGUGAAGGAAUACUAUGAAGUGGAUGAAUCUGGUAUAGAUUAUGUUAUAACAUCUGCAGCAAAAAAGUGGAGAGAGUUUAAGGCUGACCUAAAGAACAAAUAUUUUGAUGAAACAUUGAGUUUUGAAGAGCUUAUUGCUAAAAGGGAUGAAAGGGUGAAAGAAUCUGAUUGGGAGUGGUUGAUAACUUAUUGGAUGUCUCCAGAAGCCGAGGUUCGUACAAACAGAGGUAAAGAUAACCGUUCAAAGCUGACUAUGUCGCAUGCAGCUGGCAGCAAGAGUUAUGCUCGUGUGGGGCAUGAACUGGUAAAAAAAAUUAUAAUCACUAGUUUGUAUAAUCAUUAG